GAUGAGCCCCAGAAGACCAAGCGAGCCACCGACCUUUCGGCAGAGGACAAGGACCGCAUCAACCAGAUGACGAGCCCACAGGACAUCCCCCGGGCAGAACGAAAGCGACAGUAUGCUGCCCUUCGUCGGGCGAUCCUCAAGAAUGCGAACCCGGCUCUGACAGCGAAGUUCUCACUCUGCAGCGACUCUGACAGGUUCGGGAUGCUCAAGGUCUUUAUGUGCAACCAAUCCGUGGCAGCGAUAGAUGUGGAGGAAAAAUAUGAAUCAUGGGUCCGGGAUCUCCGGACUGAUCGCUAUGCUCCGGAUGCAACCUUUUGGAAGGCCAAAAUGUAUAAGGUGCUGAAGGAGGUGGUCGAGGACAAGUCCCAGGGAACUGAGGGAACCAGCAGUGUGCUUGGGCGCGAACUAUUCUGGGUUUCCUAUGUAGAUAGACAGAUAGAUACAUAG